CUCCCUCUCACUCGUCCCGUGCCUCUGCAGUGGCUCAUUCUUUCCUGCGCCGGCUACAGACACACACGGCCCCCCUCCACCCCUCCUCUGGCCACUCAUCCCAGCAUGCGGCACCUAUUCAGGGGUAAGACCGACAGUCUCUUCCCCAGACUGAAAGUGGAGCUCUGCGCCGCAGCAGCCGCUAAAUGAAUGCAGCGUUUCCUGCGUCUACAACCACGCUGAGUGAGACAGAGUAUCAGCGAGACACUGAGCCAUCAGAGGAUCAGGUGCUGCCUCCGUAUUCCUCGCUCUCUAGUUCCCUCUCCCUCCCUUACCGGGACAUACUGCAAAGGAGGAUCGAGGACAGGGAGGUACUCGGCAAAGACUUCCUCAGCUGAAAGUCGCGACGGGUCACCGUGUGGCCCCUCAAAACCUACAGUAUCCCAGCAAAGACGUACAGCGGAGGACUUGACCAAGGACAGACAGACAGACAGCGGGCAUGGAGUUGCAAGACAGAAGAUCAUUCCUGCACAGGUGUGCGCGGUCCGGCGAUGUGGUCCACGCCGGUCUGGUCGUCACACUUCUGAUUGGAGUGUGGUACGCUCAGGCACUGGAGGUGAACACAGGCAAGAUCCAUUUUAUAGAAGUGAUGAAUGGAAGUUCAGUGCUCUUACCCUGCACUUACGCCAGCUGCAUCGGCAUUAAAAACCUUUACUUCAACUGGCAGUUCAAAGACAACGGGACGCUGAUUAAGCUCUGCGAGGCCAUCAUCCCAGCAGAAGGAGUGGAACCUAAUGUAAAAAUCUAUCAUGAGCGGGUGGAGUUUGUCGGCUCCAGCAAACAGAAUAACAUCUCCAUCUUACUGCAUAACGUCACCUUUGAGGACCAGGGAGAUUAUAUCUGCUUCGCCCGCAACCCCAAGGAGAAGGAACGCAACCAUAGUGCAGUUUUCACUCUUUAUGUGGUGGAUGAAUUGAAGGAGGUGGACAACACGCUGACCCUCAUCAUUGUGUCUGUGCUCGGCGGAGUCAUAGGUCUCAUCAUUCUCAUCAUGGUGGUGAAAGCUGUAGUCAUCGCCGUUCUAAACAAGGUCCAGGAGAAGAAUAAAGAGUGCCUUGUGAGCUCUUCAGGGAAUGACAAUACAGAAAACGGCCUCCCAGGAUCCAAAGCAGACAGCAAACCAACACCAAAGGCAUGAAAAGAGCAUGUGUGUGUACAUAUACGAGCAUAUGUAUACAUGCAAACGUAAUCAUAACAGAACGAAAGAAAGUCAUAACAAUGGACAGUUUUAAUCUCUUUAUCUCAUGAGAAAAAAAAAUGCAACAUAUAAAUAUGUGGAAAUAUAUAUAUAUAUAUAUUUUAGAUUGUGCUUGAGGAAAAAUACAAAAGUGCUGCAGGCUGGAUCACACACCCUUUGCUUGACUGAAACGGCAUAAAAAAAUAAUCAGAAAGCAGAUGACGGGUGACGCUUUGGUGUGCUUGCAUUCUGUUCUUGCCUGUGAGACACAGCACACACACACUGCCUUCUUCACGAACUGCCGUAUCCUUUCAACGCUCGACAGCACAAGACCCACAUAACGAAAUGUUUGCGAUAAACUUCCAGUGCAACUUUACACAUCUUCACACUGCAUUCCAAACGAUCCCGAGGUGGAAGUCAGUAACAAAACAAACACCUUUAUGAAAAAUGCUAAACAACUUACACGUUAAAAACCAAGGGUGCCUCUUGAAAUUGGACUAUGUUUACCACCAAUCCAAGCAGCUAACCGAGACUGAUUAAUAACCACUCCUACUAAUUUUACAAGUGAUUUUGAGAUCAUAAAGAGCAGGAUGCGAGUGCACUUGAAGGCCGGAAACACACUCUACGCAAUAGCACCUUUUGUGGCAAUGCUGAUAUUACAACAACAAUACAUUUUGUGUGUGAAAAUAAGGUUGUACAGAGUGUUUUUCAUGGCUAAAGCGUUGGAAAGGGAGUAAAAAUAAGAGAACUUACAAGAGUUGUAGAUAAGGUGUGUAUAUCCAGCAUCCAGCCCAGCACGGUUUAUUCUAUUUCUUUCUUUUUCAGUUUUUUCUGCUUUAGAUAAAACACAGGUGCCUGUAAACGCUUCAAGCUCCACAUGCUUCCCGGGAGCCUUCAAAUGCUAUAUAAAUAAGUUAAACAAUGCUCACAUCAAAAAAAAAAAAAAAAAAAUAAACAAAAAUAAUAAUAUAAAAAAUCCCUAGAAAAAAAACCCAUUAAAAUAUAAAGACAAUCCCCAGAAACCACAUCCCUGUAGAAAAUGAAUGAUCUUCUGAUGCUGCUUUCAAUAACCAAUAAAUUUUCCUAAUGCAUGUGAAGAAUUUUAUACAGUACAUCUAGUGUACUAUGUAUCCAUUUCUCCGAAUCGUGUUCUCCUGUCUCUUCUCACACAAACGAUCAAUCUGUGCUUGUCGUAUACAAUGUCACAGUUCAUCUUGUACAUGUCCAACAUACAGGCAUGAAGGGCCACUGUAGCUAACUGGUAAAGCUUAUGACAUCCAAACUUCACAGAACACGAUGCUAACUGCUAAUGUUGACAUUUGGCAUUCGAACUAGCAAGCUAGCAACUUCAGUGUGUGCUAAACUGCACCGAUCCUCACAGAUGCUGUGCUGAUGCUUACGUUUUAAUAUCAUCGUACAAAGACACAAGACUUCUGUGACAAAAUAUAAUAAAUAAUGAUACCUCACAUGCCUCUCAAUGGCUAAUUACAGAGCACAUGUAACUAGCGUUAGCAUAAAACCUUUCAGAUCUUCUCGUGGGUCAGAUUAGCUUGUUGCUAAUUCCAGAAAAGGCACGAAUGGUGGAAAAUAAUUGUGGGAUUUUGUUUCCUAGACGUUCUGGAGCCGCGAAGCGAGCUCUCGCUUAUCAAAACAAACCAACUUUCCAAAUCUUUCAGUAAUUGUUUAAGAUUUAAGUGCCAAAAUAGAAAUGCUAGUUGGACGGUGGGUGGUUUACCGUUGCUUCCAUCUUGUUUCGUUUGUCUUCCGCUUUCCUUUUUGUGUCGGAAACCCCAUAAAUGCACAAUGCUUGUUCAUAUCCAUAUCUGGUUUAAGUAUAAAUGUAUUUGACAAAUUCAUAACAUGCGAUGAAUGUCACUUUUGCGAUUACGCCGCAAAAAAAAACAAAAACAAACAAAAAAAUGCAAUGAAACCCUAGUCUUCCGCCAUAACCCAAAGAUGAAUGUACACAGUGGUUGCAGUUAUGGCAGAGUUCAGAGGGGUCGUUUCUGGGCACUUUAUUCAUAAAGAUAUAUGUAACAGUGUUUUGAAUGCUCAUGGUGUGUGUAGAGCGAAGUGAGAACGAUGUAGAAAUUAUCGCGAGAUAGUGUAGUUGAACAGCUGCGACGGUGAUACCGAGAAUAGCAGAACGGGAAUAAUUUGUCUCUAUGAAUGGCUAUAUCUCUUGUAUGUGCACAUAUUAGCAGUCUUCCAAAUCACUUGACUCUCGUUUAGAAAUCAGGGGCUUCGGCAAUCUCAACUGUUUGUGAUUCUUCGACAGAGCGGUAUGAAAUCCUAGCUUAAAAAUUCAAGUAUUUAUCAUUUAAGUUUGCAUCGGAUUCCUUUGAACCGCAUCCGUAAGCGUGCGUUAAAGUCAGCCGUGCUUUGGAGAAAGGGUUUGGUGCCGCUCUGUCUGUCAGAUGCACUGUACAGUAAUGGCGGUUAGCGUUGAGUGUCCUAACUGUUGUCGACCUGUUCGCAUUGCCUCUUUGAAUCAUUUACGGCAGAAUGUUUCACCAUGUUAUGCUUCUUACAGCUCGUUGCCUUUUGUCAUUUGCAGCUAGUGUAUUUGAUGAAACGAUCACAUAAACAAGGAGAUUACGUAGAUCAGCAAUACUGUAAAAAAAAAAAGAAAGGAAAAUGUAAAAAAAAAAAAAAAGUAAAUACAUGAGUGCCUAGGCUCUCGAGAAUGGACUGUUGUAUGCAAAUGGGCAACUUGAACUUUUAUUAGAGCUUCUUUUUUUAUUAUUUAGCUAUUUUUACCUAUUAUGUUACCUAAUUCCUGUUCUGCUUUGCAUAUGUAUUUUUAACCCCCUAAAUAUUUAGCGUUUGUUUAAUGAUAGUGAAGUGGUUCUCAACCGGUUUUGCUUUGCAUUGGACGUCAAGUGAGACUCGUGCGUUAAAAUUGAACUGGAAAAUCGAAAUAUAGUAGUAUUUAUUGCAGUUUUUUUCACACUUUCAAAGGUCUUCGCGUGAUCCUUUGCCUGUGUUACGAUACAAUAAUUCAGGAGUAUUUUUCAUGCCGUCUGUGUCUGGCCUGUGAUCCGUUUCUGGUCGGCAGCCAGUUGAGAGCCACUGUUGUAAUGCGUAGCUGUGUAGAUGCAUAGAUGUCUUGGUCUGGUUGCUUACGUCUGCUGGUUGGCUCAGAUCAGCCGACUCUGGGCUCAUUUGGUAAUGUCUGGGCAGGAAAAAGCUGCAUAGCUGCAGUGUUGCAGUGCAAAACCGCAUCCUAAGAGUGCAGCACUGAGCCAUGAAUCUGCACACGUCAGGCUGUGUUUCUCUUUGGAUCUGAGGGGUUAUAGCAGGGAAAACCGAAGGGACAUGUCUGAUUUCUAUCAUUUAAAAAAAAAAUAAAAUCUUUCAAAAAGGCAAACAUAAACGUCCUUUAUACCGGAAGGCUGUAUAAAAUCAUGUCACAUGUCACAACUACUAAUUUAAGGUAAAUAUCUACAGCUGCAUUUUUAGGCAGGCUGCUUGAUCUCAGUAGAAAGAAAAUACGAGAUAUGAACUAUAAAAUGUGCUUUGUGUGCACAGUUUUUCCUCUCUAUUUUGCAGUGAGAAUUUGUUCUGCUGCACUUGCGUGGGAUGUCCAAACCCACUUGCACUCUUUUAAAAUUCUUGUACUAUAUUCAGUUGAGAGUUUGGCUCUCUCCGAUCUGAUCCCAUUGAGGAGCAGGUUGACCUUUUGUAAAGUAGACUUACAAAAUAAUGGAUUUCAAAAAAACUGGAUUUCACUGCCUGGGUGACUCACUCUCACUGCCAAGCCAAGAGAGUGUGAGGACUGCUAUGUGCUCCAACACAUUCCAAGACGCUCUGUCUCCCUCUAGUGGAUUUUAAGACUUCCAACAUUUUUAAAGAAUCGAGGAUUCCAGUCACACCGGCUAUGUUUGGAAUGGCACAUUAGCAUACUGCUUACUGCAUACUCAGUACGGAUCGAAUAUCGUCUGCGUUUUAAAAAUGGUACGCAGAACAGAAUAAUAAGCUUCAAUGUCCUUACAUUUCAUUCAGUUAAUGGUGUCCUGUUAUCAUUUUAUGAAAUAAAGUUCAUUUUACAUGUUCAGUUUCCAACGAUGUUGCCAAGUCUGCGAUUUUACGGUGGAAUUAGGGGUUUCAAUCUGGGAAUUACAGAGAUCUCAAAGUGUCCUUCAAGGGAGGGAAAACCCACAGGAAGUAAAAUAAAUAAAUAAAUAAAUAAAUAAA